AUGCCACCCCGCACACAAUUAAAAACCCAUGCCACACACAAUCAGGAUCGACCAUUGGACACACCUUCUCCUCCGGAUCAACCGCACGACGAUAACGAUAAGGACGUUGGCCGUAAUUCGUCUGAAGAGCCAAGCUCUCCCCGCCAAUCCAACCAUCCGUUGACCGAUGCAGAGGAGUUAGAUCGUGCUCAGAAUGUCGCCGCCAACGCUGUCAGCUCUAGCUACAAUAACUACCACGUACCAGAGCUCUCCGAUCAAAAGGACAAGUCUGGAAGGUUCAUGAUUGCUUACCAUUGUAAAAUGUGUUCUACCAAGAUCAACCGGCCUAUGUCUGACUCCUCCUGUGGUAACCUGAACAAGCACGCUGCCCUCUGCCUCCGCAAACAACAAGAGGCAUCCAACAGCGGUGGGCCGCUACGCUACGCUACGCUUUUGGCCCAAAAAGCGUAG